GGAAUAUUUUUCAGAUAAUUUUUUACACGUUUCACCCCUCUUGAGUUCCGAAUAUCCUUAGUUUCGCGCAUAUUUCACUAAGAACAAAACAAACAAAUAUUCACCUUAACAGAAAUUCACUUAAUAAAUGAAAAUGUUUUACCUUGAAAGAAAUUAACCAAAACUAAAAUUAUACUUUCAUUUAACGCGCACUCAUAGGCUCACCAGCGAAGACGAAUCACUCUCGAUCAAGUAAAUAUUUUUUACGUAUAAAUAAUAAGUACAAAUAUUGAUCCAACUGUUUAUUUACAUAUACAUGAAGGAGGAAGUAAAUGAAUGCUCUGAGUUUGUCAGUAUGUAUGUACAUUUAUACUUUCUUUUCAUGCCUAGUGUAAAUGUUGUAUUUCUUUACAUAUGUGUGUAUGUAGGCACAUAUGAGUAUAUGUAUACAUAUAUGUAUAUAUGUAUAUUCAGAAACUUAAAGCAUGUUAUAUAGUAAUGCCUUCUUUAAUCAUCGUCAUUUUAGAAACAAUUUCAUUUUUAUUUUAAUAAGAGUUUCUUCGAAAAAAAUUGCCGAUUUUUAACCAGUUUUACAUACUGAUGUAUGUACAUAGAUACAUACAUAUGUAUGUAUUUAUUUAUAAUUUUUUCACUUUCACCACCACCUUCGACUGUGUCCGGCUAAGUUGAGUACACCAAAAGUGAGAUGUAUUUGCUUUUACGUAUGUAUGUACAUUAUAUCACCUGAGUACACUAUCAAAAACAUUACAAGUGAUAAUAUAAACUGUUUUUUGGAGAGUACCGACUAAUACUGGAGUUUGAAAGAUUCAAAUAAAUUGUACAGACUUGAAGGCCGAAUUGCAGACGAUACCAAUUACAAAUGCUGGUCGCGUGCAUUUUGUUGGUAACUCAAAGCGACAUCAUGCGACUUAUGCGAAAGACUAGUCCGCAAGCCGAUAAACUAACAGUUAGUUUAUUGAAGCAAACGAGGACGGUACAAAUUAGAUAAUUGCUUUAGUGUAAAGCAGCAAUUCAAAUACCUCUUUUAAUAUGAUCAAAUUUCACGGUAGUACCAAAACACUUUCGAGCUUUUUAUUUUUGAGUUUUAUUUGUUGUGUUAUUAUAUUUGGUAAGACCACUACACAGGCGCGGAUACUACCUUUGUUAUGGAGUGCAUCAUAUAAAUCAGAGAAAACGGAUCCUUUUGAUCUUGCCACUGGGAGCAUCGGGAGUGGAAAACAGUUUGGCUACAUACAAUCUUUACCUAAUGUAACUUUGAUCCUGCCAAGUAGAUCACAGAAUAGUACUAAUCCGCAACAUCUCUUACUGCAUAAGUCUGUUUUUGAUACCGUAAGAUUAAAUCUACAACAAGCUACCAGUAAUAAUAAAUGGAUCAUCAAAAUAUAUGGUGAAGGCACCGAACACAAAUUUCCGCCAUUUCUGGAGCGCAUCAUUCAACGUAUCCAAACAUAUUUUUCAGUUUAUAAGUACACUGACACUAGUGAAGUAGGAAGUUCCACAAUUUCUCUAGGCAGCAUAGCUGCAAACGAUGUGGUAACAAAAGAAAACCUUUCCUCUUUGGAUACUACAUCGGUAAAAGAAGGAAUCAGAAAUUUAACACAACCUCUAAAUAGCUUAAAGGAUGAAUCGACUGUGCAAGAAAAUAAUGCUGACUUGAUAGAGUUUAUCGCAAUAGGCGAAUAUGAUGACGAUUACAAAGUUAUGACCGAAGACUGAAUAUUAGUGAUAUAAGUAUGUAUGUAUAGUAUAUAACAUCAUAAUUUAGACUUAUAAUACAAAAAUAAAAUAUCAACAAGGAUGAAAAUAUUGAUUUAAUUAGUAGUGCCUUGUCGCUUAAUAUUGUGUAAUAGAUUACUUUUUGUUCAAAGGCGUCUGUACUUUCGAAAACAAUGUCAACAAAUGUUAUUUAGUACGCUAUAUAUCCAUACCGUUGUGUGGCUCAUUUGUAUCUCUAGUGAACUUGUCCAUAUGUAUAUGGUUAUACAAAUAAAUAAAUAGAUAUUUAAGUAUGUAUGUAUGUAUAUACUUACCACGAUUCAAUGAAGACGAUAGCGUGAAAGAUCGUGACUGAGACCUACAAUUUUAAUUACAUAUUUAAAAUUGCGCAAUAACAUACUAUACUUACAUAUGUAUACUUAUACUGUUUG